AUGUCUGCGCCAGAUCCUGACGAAGCGAUGGAUGCCCAUGUAGAAGAACCUAUCGACGAUAACGAUUUUGAUCUAAAUAAUGCAAAUGAAGUUGAUGACGAAUUUGUUAGUCAGCCCAUAGUUUCACCUCUACUUCCCGGGGAAAAUGGUAGUGCCCUCCAGAAAAUGCCUUUUGUACCGACUGUUGUGCAGAACGUUGUUAAUUCCGUACCGUUCGAUCUGGAAGCAAUUCGAAACAAUUAUACAGGUUAUGGGUUGAUUAAUCGUUUGUUGUUCAUAGCCGAUAAUUGUCCUCCACUGCAAAAAGAUUCAUUGAUUAUGCUUAUCAAUUACAUUGUUGAGCAUACUUCAAAUGUGCAAGUGUAUCUAGCAGCUCAUCAUCGUUUAAAUGCGUUACGUUCGGCAUCCGUCGAAUCACACUCAGCUGGUGUUUCCGCAGAUAUGAAUAUUGUUGAUGAUUUACCUCGUGUGAAUUCACAGUGGAUGGAUGCAACUACAGCAAAAUCACAGGCUCGCUUGGAUAUUCUUGCAGCUGAAUUUAAAAGGCAGAAGGAGGAAGGUGUUAAAGAGUCUACGAGGCGUACUAUGCAUGAUCUUUUUGAGCAACAGAUUACCAUGGGGCAACUGCAAGAAGCUGCUAAGCUGUAUAGUCGUGGGAUACGAGAAUACUGCACUUCACCAAAACAUAUCAUCGAGAUGCUGAUGAGUUGGAUAGAAGUGACUAUAUAUCUUAAUCAGUGGCAUCGAGUGGAACCUCUCCUCACACAAGUUGAGAGAGCUUUGAUUGAAGCAAUGGAAGUGGAAAAUGUGGCGGCGACAUCAACAAGUCGGCCUGGUCGUCUGGCAGCAAAUUCGACUUAUGCAGCUACUAGGAACAUGAAAGAAAUAAUUGAUACUGCAAAAGCCAAAAUUGGGGCAGUUGCUGCCCUAAAUUAUCUUAACAUGAGAAAUUAUAGACUAGUGGCCGAGAAGUGUUUAAAGAUUGAAUUUGAUUAUUUUGAUUAUCCAGCUUUGUUGGCGAGUAAAGAUGUUGUCAUGUUCGGCACCAUUUGUGCAUUAGCAACUUUUAGUCGAUCAGAACUGAAAGAAAAAGUUCUUGGGAGCUUAAUAUUCUGGAAAUUCCUCGAAGCGGAGCCAAGACUUAUUGAAUUGUUACAAAAGUUUGUCAAAAGUCAAUUUGGAAUCUGCUUUGAUAUUUUGGAAGAAAUUCGUGAUCAACUUCUUUUAAAUAUGCAUCUUUGGUCACAUGUAAGGGAGCUGUAUUAUUUGAUUCGGCGACGAGCUAUUGUACAGUAUUUUACACCGUAUGCAGUUGCUGAUAUGGACAAAAUGGCUGUUACAUUUCGUGUUCAUGUUAACGAGCUGGAAAAUGAGCUUGUUAAAUUAAUUAUGAAAGAUGAAAUAUCUGCAAGGAUCGAUUCAUCUUGUAAAAAAUUGUAUGCAAAAAUCGAGAACCAAGUUACUACUACUUACAAUGAGCUUAUAGAAGUUAGUAACACGAUGCACCACAACAUUUUGGAUAUCUUACUGCGGGCUGCGCUUCAUCAGGCACAAAUAAUAGUUGGACAAACGGAACAUAGUGCACGUAAUAGACGUCGUCCUCUUCAGGGAUCUCCCGCAACCGAUGAAUUCUCGGAACGUAAAAUAUGUGCUGGUAGCGCAAGUGAUAGUGCAGCAAUCUGCUCAACAAGUCAGUUACCAGGACCUGCUAAAAGUUUGAUGUCACGUAUUUUUGGUUCUGCUCGAGUCACUUUCAGCCCAACCAAUUCAUCACAAGCUGCGGAAGCAGACAGUUCAGAUGAAGUACCAAAGGCUAGUCCACUGAGAAGGGAGAACAUGGAAAUUGCACCUGCUGUUGAAAAACCACUUUCUGAGACAUCAUCUUCAAUAAUUGUCGCUAAUGCGAAUUCUCAGGAAGUAAUCAUGCAGCGACAUUCAGGUGAUCAACCUCCUUCAUUUCUGAAAGAUGCUGUUUCUGAUGUUGAUGGUUGUGAUAGAGUCGAUGAAUAA